AUGAAUGAGCUGGCGUUGGGUUUGGAGUCAAGCAUGAAGCCAUUUUUGUGGGUGCUCCAGCCCCCGACAGAUGUAGGUUCUUGCGCCCUUAACGAUUUUCUGCCACAGGGCUUCCGCGCCCGGGCAGAGCGUCGGGGACGUAUUGUAAUGGGAUGGACGGAUCAAUUGGCCGUUCUUUCUCACGCGGCAAUUGGGGCUUUUCUUACACACCGUGGAUGGAACUCCUUGCUAGAGGGCAUUUUUAGCGGGGUGCCCUUUAUCUGCUGGCCGAUCACUGUUGACCAGUCGUUUAACACCAAAUUUAUAGAGGAAGAAGCCAAGUGCGGGCUAAGAAUUUGGAAGGGGGCGAACAAGGAUGAAAUUGGCAGAGUUAUCACUAACGUAUUCGAUGAGGAAGACGAAGCAGGGAAGGUUGUCAGAAGAAAUACGAUCAAGUGGAAAAAACUGGCAGAGGGGGCCGUGUGUGAGGGUGGAUCUUCGGCCAAGAAUUUCGAUAGUCUAGUUGAUGACAUUCUAUCUCUGCAACAUCUCAAGGACAAACCGAUUGUCUUGGGUCAAGGUUCGCCUACUUAG